AAUGAUCGAUACACCUGGGAUAUUAUCAGGUGAGAAGCAGAGAAUAGAUAGGGGUUACAACUAUGCCAGUGUUAUGUCCUGGUUUGCCGAAAGAGCCGAUUUAAUAAUUUUGUUAUUCGAUGCUCAUAAAUUGGAUAUUUCCGACGAAUUUCGUUCGGUAAUCGAAUCUCUGAAACCGCAAGAGGAAAAAGUGAGAGUUGUACUCAAUAAGGCUGAUAUGAUUAAUACACAAUCAUUAAUGAGAGUUUACGGAGCUCUAAUGUGGAGUUUAGGUAAAAUACUACAAACUCCCGAAGUUGUAAGAGUAUAUAUAGGUUCAUUUUGGGAAGAGGCUUUAAAAUAUGAUGAAAAUAGGAAACUAUUCGAAUCUGAACUUCAUAAUCUAAUUGACGAUAUUCAACGACUACCUAUAAAUAGUUCAAUUAGAAAAUUAAAUGAUCUAAUUAAAAGGGCAAGAGUAGUUAAAGUUCAUGCGAAUAUAAUGAAUAAAUUGAAAAGUAAAACUCCUUACUUAUUUAAUAAAGAACGAAAGAAAGAAGAUUUAAUAAGAAAUUUACGUGAAACAUUCUAUCAAAUUCAAAGAGAUGAAUUAAUUUCUAUUGGUGAUUUACCGGAUUUUAAUCAAUUUCAAAAUAAUUUGCGCAAUUAUGAUUGGUCGAAAAUGUACUAUUACAAACCAAAGUUGAUUGUUGAUAUUGAUAAUUUAUCAAAUGAAAUAUCAACAAUUUUAUCGGAGAGCAGCGUAAAUAAGGACAAUGAGAAUUUCACGAACACAAAUAGCAUAUUGACAAACUACUCAAAUUCCCUUUUUGGUUCGAUUUCUAGUGAAGGCAUAAAUAAAGGGAAGAGAGGACAAUGGAUAGUGAAAGAGAAUAGGGAAAAAUAUGACAAAAUAUUUACUACUCUAUCAACAGACGGACAAGUUUGUAGCGAUUCUGCUAAACAAUAUUUUCUCAGCACGAAAUUGCCAAGUAUAGUUUUAUCUAAAAUAUGGAAAUUAGCCGAUAUAUCGAAUGAUGGAACUCUCGAUAAAGAUGAAUUUGCUUUGGCAAUGUAUUUAAUUGAUAUUAAAUUAAAAGGACAUAAUUUACCCGAUAAAAUUCCAUUUCAUUUAAUCCCACCGUCCAAACGUCAUUUAUCAACAUGA